UUAAAAAUAUCAUAUUUGCAUAAAUUUAUCUGUCCUAAAGAUGGGAGUGUAAUAUCGUUAGCACAGGUGUGCGAUGGAGAGAACGAUUGUACAGAUAAAUCUGACGAAGAACGAUGUAAAGUUCAUGCCAAUAAUAAACUUUCCGAAGCUAAACGAAUAAUAAAUGAAAUAAGAAAUAUUUUGCCAGCACACUGCUUAGAAGUACAAAAUAGCUUGGAUAAAGUUGUAAUGAAAACUCGAAAAGAAACACUAACCAAUGUCCUCAAAAAACAAUUCGAAGUCUUAAAUAGCGUGGCACCCAUUAAAGGGCAAAAGAAAAAAGGAAAGCUAUUCAAAAAAGUUAAGGAAAUUGCUCAAAUAGUGAGUUCUGUGGAAGAAGCACUUGAAGGGGGCUUAUGUAUACGAGAAAAAUAUAAAGCAGAAAUUAGUCGCAGAAAUGGUUUGUCACUAGAUGAGAAUGUAGACGUUGAGCAGAAUAAUAAAAAAACAUGGGCCCCUCCAGUUUGUACAUGUACUGGACAGUUUUGUCUACUAAACAACUGCACAUCUGCGUGCAAUAACACUUGUUGGCAGCGAUUUAGUCUAUGGCAAUGGGGAUGCGAAUCUGUUGUUGGUGAGCGCAGUGUGCCACUAGAUCUUGUAUGUGAUGGUAAAGUCGACUGCUUUGACGAAUCCGAUGAGAAAGAAUGCACUGCAGGUGCAGGGGCAGAUAAAUUUAAAUCUACACAAAUUUACAAUUCAGUUAUUGAAUUACUAUCUAUUAAAAUGGCAUCUAGUCCUCAGGUUAACAAAAUUAUUAACUUACAAGAAGCGGUGAAAAACUUACAAGCACAGAGUAUGAAAGAGGUAACAGAUGCGGCAGCCUUAAAGCAUUGGAGAAACGAAGCAUUUUCAGGGCUAUUUUCUAUUUAUGAGGGUAUAUUGAAUAUGGCUGAUAGUAUUUUGGAAGUAGAUGCUGGGUAUGAGUCUUUAAUGGCCGUCAGCCGAAAACUUGUUGAAGCAAUGAAGUAUUCGAAAACAGGAAACGAAAGAGUCGUACCCACCAACGAAUGUCACUGCUUGGCUGACAAGUGUUUGUUAGCCAAUUGUUCGGUGGCGUGUGUGCGUUUCUGCGCCGUCAAAGCUAUCAUCACCGAGUACUCGUGCAAAGGAAACUCGAGUACAAGAGUACCUGUGCAAAAUAUGUGUAACCGGAAAAGGGAUUGUCCAGAAGGAGACGACGAACAAGAAUGUCAAACAGAUAUUUGCCGUAAUCAUCAUCUACUGGUGCUUCGCAAUAAAAUCCAAAAUUACAGAGAUGACCGCUGGGGCCACGCAUUGGCAGAAAUACUUGACAGCUGGAAGACUAAGACUAUUUCUUCGAUUCUGGUGAUCGAGAGGAUGAACCGAUUGACACGGCACAGGCUGCAGAAGCUGGUAGCGGAGAUCCUGCACGACCUGGCGCAGGCCUACGCCACCCUGCCUAAGCUCACGAGGCGGAGCACCGAUGGCACCAUGCCGGCUUUCCUGGAGCUGUCUCGACUUAUUCGAGAUACACUCAGAGAUUGCACGAUAUAAGUGCACUUGGGUUUUAUUUUUACUGUGGAUAACGCGUACACAACCACUUUUAAAUGCAAACAUUCGAAAUAAAUUAGAUCUACAUGGUGCAAA